AUGGACGGCAGUAAGGCAACCACCUCACCGCCUGCGCAUCUGGACAGCAGAGGAACCACCACAUCCUCCACCUCAUCUGCACCGCCAUUUGCUGUGCCCAUGUCUGCUCCUGCAAUUCCAAAUCUCCUAUCCCGACUAGGUGGCGGGCCCCCACGCUCUGGCCGCGGUGGGCGGCAUGCAGGAAGCCGAGGUGGGCUACAUGGCCGCAAUCACAGGCACGGCCACGGCGGUCAUGGCGGUCAUGGUGGUCCGGCUUCCGGCAUGGAUCACGACACGGUCAUCCAGAGCACCGACAGUGACGCCGCCCUCUCCCGGAUGAGUGCUGUCGAUCUGGGACUGCUAGAUGAUCGCUUCGCACGGUUUUUCGUCAUCGGUGGCGGUCUAGCUGCCCCCCGGUUACCCAUCAUUAACAGAGGCACGUACACCCGCACGACUGCCCUCGAUAAGAUUAUCGGGUCUUUUCUCUCGGGCGCCGAUUCAUCUAUAUCACAGGUAGCCUUCAGUCCGCCAAGACAGGUAGUCUCCCUUGGUGCUGGAACAGAUACGCGCAGCCUACGAAUGCUCUCAGGAGAUGGGCCGCAACUCUUCAAUACUUCCUACCAUGAAAUUGAUUUCCCAACCGUGUGCGAACGGAAGCGCAACGUAUUGCAGUCCGUGCCCUCCUUGGGAAGCCUCCUUGCGAGCCCCGUUGUCGAAGUUCAUACCUCAGCAACAACAGCAGGGAUGACCACAGACAGCACACAUGGCGAAACGAUGCACGAGACUUGUUGGCGUGCAGACCUGGGACAUGGAAAUCAGCUCUGGGGCCACGGUCUCGAUUUGCGCCAGCUGGCGACAGCCGCUGCCAAAGAUGAACGGAAAGAGAACAACUGCUCAGCCACGUUGGCCGGACUACGUACAGACAUUCCUACGUUACUCGUGUCUGAAUGCUGCCUCUGCUACCUCCAGGUGCCCGAGGCUCUUGCAGUGCUGCGCUGGUUCGCUGACCGCAUUCCGGACCUGGGUGUCGUCAUUUACGAACCCAUCGAGCCCAAUGAUGCCUUCGGCCGAACUAUGGCAGCCAAUUUGUCUACGCGUGGCCUUCACAUGCCGACUGUGGCGGUAUAUGAGAACGGAUCUGCACAGGAGAUGCGGUUGCUCAAGCAGGUAGGGCUCGAUAAGGCAAGCCAUGCAUCUAUUGAAAAGAUCUGGAAGGAUUGGGUGCCAUCAGAGGAGAAGGACCGCAUCAACGAACUGAACGCCUUGGACGAGGAAGAGGAGUGGCAGCUUCUGGCAAGCCACUAUAUGAUGUAUGUCAGUGGCGAGACUGGCGAACCAUCUGUUGAGGCAUUGGGUAUGAUCGAAGAGAUUGUGCGCCAGCAAGUGAUUGAACUGCUUCGUAGUUGCACAGAACUCGCAGCCCGCCGAGGGUCCCGAUCGAUCACCAUCAAUGAUCUUAUAUUUCAGAUCCGCCACGAUGCGCCCAAGGUUUCGCGCCUGCGGACUUUCUUGUCUUGGAAGGACGUACGUAAGAAUGUAAAGGACUCCGAUGACAAAGGCGCCGAGGUGGAUAUUGGCGGCGGCGAAGACGCGGUAGGAGCGCCUAUGGCAGGAGCACCGGUAGAUGACGCGACCAAGAAGAACAAGAAGAACAAGCUGGGCCUUCCGUGGGAGCCGGUGUCGUUUUUCAACCAGGAGGUGCCGGAGCGCGAGGACGAAGAGGACGAGGAAGAAGAGGAGAUGAAUUACAUCACGCUGCAGCGGCUGCGCAAAGCAGACGAGCGCACCAAAGCGAUGACCAAAGAGGAAUACGUGACUUGGUCAGAAUACCGACAAGCCUCGUUUACGUAUCGUAAGGGCAAGCGGUUCCGUGAGUGGGCCGGCUUCGGGAUCGUGACGGACAGCAAGCCGUCGGACGACAUCGUGGACAUCCUCGGCUUCCUGACAUUUGAAAUGGUGCAGACGCUGACGGAAGAGGCGCUUCGGAUCAAGGAUCACGAAGAUCUGUGGAAGGAGCGCACAGGCGACGAGGCGCGAGGCAACAAGAAGAGGAAGUUGGCGCAAGGCCUGUUCAACUUGCCUAGCGAAGGACGCUCGCCCGUGGAACCUAAGCACAUCCAGGAGGCAUUUCGACGGCUGCAGGCACGCCAGACUAAGUACCGGGCGAUGCUCAACUGCACGCGACUGCCGGCGAAGUCCAGCCUCAAGAUUUUUUAG